AUGACAAUGAUUCGGAGCUUUACAGCCCAUGAUGGGCCUGUGACCGCCAUUGUCCUCUGUAUGGGUAUCUCUCAGCCCACUGUGGUUUCCUGCUCAACUGAUUCCACUUGCAAGCUCUGGAGUCUCCUGGAAGGGACGAACCUCAGGACGGUGGCGUUUCCGUGUCCAAUUUCAGGAAUUGCUUUGGACCCAUCGGAGACAGAUCUCUACGCUGCAGGUUCUGAUGGUUCAGUUUACCAUGGAGUUCUGAAUAUGAAAGCAGGAAACAAAGAAAGGCCAAUUGAUUACUGCAUUGCCUGGAAAACACUGUGCUGCCGUUGUGUCGAUCGCUCUGGUGAACGGCGGGAAGAGGCUGGUAUCCCUCGGAAGACGGCAGUGUUCAUAUGA